AUGAAAGGCUUCCCCGUGGUAGAAUUCGUCGUUGCCAUCGACGAGGCCCGUGUUCGAUUCACGGAUGAUGCACACCUCUUCUUUUUGGAUUUUUGUUGUUUAGCGGCUAUUUUUAAUUUAUCAGUUAUUAUUCUACAGUGUGGUGCUUUCCAAUUGAUUCCACUAGGCAUUCGACAUUUCUUUUUAGCGUGCUUGCUGCGUGAGUACAUGGAUCGUCCGGCGUACAAUAUAUAUCCUGUUCGGGAACGUCAACCUCGACGGCAGUGGAAAGUUUAA